AUGAAUGAAGUGAAUCAUUCAAUGGUAUAUGAAUUUGUGUUCCUGGGGAUCUCCAGUUCAUGGGCCAUGCAACUUUUCUUACUAGUAUUCUCCUUCGUGUUUUAUGUGGCCAUUGUGCUGGGAAACUUCCUCAUUAUGUUCACAGUAAUCUUUGACCCUCACUUACAUUCUCCCAUGUAUCUUCUUUUGUCUAACCUCUCUCUCAUAGACCUGUGCUUUUCUUCUGUUUCUGUUCCUAAGAUGAUUUAUGACCUUUUUUAUGAACACAAAGCCAUAUCAUUCCUGGGUUGCCUUAUGCAGAUAUUCUUCAUUCAUAUGUUUGGAGGGACUGAGAUGGUGCUGCUAAUUUCCAUGGCCUUUGACAGAUAUGUUGCCAUAUGUAAGCCUCUUCACUAUCUGACCAUUAUGAAUCCAACAAUGUGUAUUUUGCUCAUAGUGGGGUCUUGGGUCAUUGGCCUCAUACACACACUGACCCAGUUGGCUUUUGUGGUAAACUUGCCUUUCUGUGGCCCUAAUGAAAUUGACAGUUUUUAUUGUGAUCUUCCUCGCCUCAUCAGAUUGGCCUGUGCAGAUACCUACAAGUUGCAGUUCAUAGUCACUGCUAACAGUGGUUUAAUUUCCAUGGUCACCUUAUUCCUGUUGUUCAUCUCCUACGUAUAUAUCUUGGUCACUGUUCAGAAACACUCUUCAAAUAGUUUGUCCAAGGCUCUCUCUACUUUGUCAGCUCACAUCACUGUGGUGGUCUUGUUUUUUGGUCCAUGUAUGUUUGUCUAUUUGUGGCCAUUCCCCACAAUGCCAGUGGAUAAAUUUCUUCUUAUUCUUGAUUUUGUUAUCACCCCUGUCCUAAAUCCUUUUAUAUAUACAUUCAGGAACAAAGAAAUGAAAGUUGCCAUGAGGAGGCUGAUCAGCCAACUAGGAAGUUCCAGCAAAAUUUUGUAA